AUUAUAUGUAAACUCGGAAUCGAAUCGGAAUCGAAUUAUACGGAAUCGGAAUCGGAAAGUGAAGUGCGUUAGUGAUAUCUAUGUUUCUAUUCUAGUUUAUGGUUCAUGGUGUAAUAUCGCGCGCGGUUAUUUAUGGAGCGAUAUAAAUCAAUUUGAUUGUAAUCAAUUUGAUUUUAAUCAUAAUCGAGCAUUAUAUAAGUGCUGAGAGAACAGUAUGAUUAAUGCUAUCGAUUCAAUCGUAAUUAUAUCACGAUAAAGGAUUACUUUCAUCAUAUUCGAGUUAUGAUUUCCGAUUAUUGAGCAUUAAUAACCUAACUCAUAGUCACAUACAAUAAGUACGUAAAUGUGAAAAUAAACAUAACAUUUAACAUAACAUUUUUAACACAUGAUUAAUAUUAGAACAGAAAAAUAUCGAGCUAUUGUCGUGUAUUAUGCAAAAAUACGGUGCAUCGAUAACGCAACAAUUACAAGUGACUUUUGCAGGAUCAGAGUUUCAUUGUUAAAUGUAUAAUAUCAGAAAUCAAAUUGUCGAGAAUAAAUAUUGUAUGCAAAUAAGCAUGUAAUAUCAGCAGUGUUGAAAAAGCCUGCAUUGUUGUGUUAUGCAAAAAUACAGUCAUCACGUCAACAAAAAUGUGACAAUUUUAUCAUGUAAAUUCCACGAAUUUGUACGAAAUAUUAAAAUACUAUAUAUAGCGGAGAGAACGCUUCCUCCUUUCUCGCGCGUCACGGAUUUGCUUUCACGAUCGUUUCUCAGGACUCGGCGGGAUCGGUAAAGUGGUCGGUAGGGGUCAUCGAUCGGAUGGUGGUGCCACCUGUAGCACCUGUCAAUGCCAGUUGACACAUCGCGACGUCUCACGUGGUGAAAAAGCGUGCUCUAAGAUACCAUUAAGGAGUCCCGACACCAAGCGAUACUCGAGGUGGAUUUUGAAGCGUCGACGUUUUAGAAUCCCGAGAAAUCGCUCACAAUAGUCCCAGAUUAAAAACAAAAAAGGAAAGACUUUAUUUCGCGACAACAUAUUGAAGCGGCGCACGUGAAAGGAACUUUCUCCCGUCGUCGAGAGAAACUUCUAAGGUGACAAUUAAAGGAAAGAGUCCUCUUUUGUGCUCGUUGUUUUCACGAGCCACCAGAAAUAUAUGUUAUAUGAUAAAAAAUCGUGAUGAUAUCUACGCUCGAAUUACAUUCUGCAAUCUACCACCUGUGGCUUCUGAUAUCUCGUCGGAUGUAGAGAAAAAGAAAGCACCGCGAAAAGCCGUCGCACAAGGUCUCCGACUUUCAGAUCGAGAUUAAGCUCUCAUUUUUAAAGAGCACUCGCUGUCCAUUAACUUAGAUGAAUGUUAAUGGCGAACGAUCGUCUCGAUCGUAUUCACACAUUUGAGGAAAUUGAUUUCGUGAAGUGGAGAGAAAAAUGUUGAGAUCCGUCCGCGAUUUACAAAGUACUUUGAAAAGCUGUUAAAAAAAACGACGAAUUAUAACGACGAGGGAACGCCCGUUCUGAUAAAUGAAAGUCGAAAGUCAAAGCCGAGAUCAGCUGAUCUCUAUUCAAAGACCGCUGAACAAAGAGCCGUGAGAUCAACGCAAACUCGAAAGUGAUCUCGGAUGAUCGUUUCCGAAGGACAGUUUGGGAAGCACGUCGUGGAGAUCCGUCGAAAAAUCGUGUAAUAAUCGGAAGUGAGAUUGACGGCGUUCCUCUUUCUUUUCUUUUCUGUCGAAAACCGUGGAAGGUAACUCACGAAAAACGGCGAACCACUACGGGGUUCAUUACGCGAACUCGUACGCGUACAGCAACGGCGCACCGAGUGUAUACACCAGCACCGGUUGUUGCACAAACGGUGGCUACAACGUGCAGCAACCGCAGCUCCACGAGGAUUAUCGGCCGAUUUACUUUUACGUCGCGCAGCCCUACACGAUCCCGUAUACUUUCGCCAAAAGACCGAAGCCUGCCACGUCGUCGUCGCUGCUAAGGGCGGCCAAGCCAAACAAUUACCGCGUCAAGUUCUCCAAGCGACUCAGCAACGCCGACUUCUCGCAGAAGGUCAAGCAAGGCGAGUUCUCCCGGAGUCUGAACCAGGUGCACUUCGCGGAGAAUCAGGGUCAAGUACUCGCGAACUAUCCGAAAACUGGACCUUCUCGUGAUCCGAGAAUGACGUCGAUGUUUCGAAGGGGCACGAUCUUUGCGACGUUUUUCCUGUCAUUGUUGGGCGGUGGGCUCGUCUGUGCUGCCCUUGUGACGCAGCAUUGGGUCGAGGCACGAGCUUGGAGAACGUCGAAUCCCCAGGAAAGCGCGGGCAGAGUUCACUUUGGCCUGUUGCAGGGAAAAAAGGAAUUAAAUGUCGCUUACGGAUGGAGGACGUAUCACGUAUCUGUUUCUCAAAUGAUCCGGCAGGAUCCAUCAGUAAUGUCCUGGGCUCUUUGGAUCGUUACUUUAAUAACAACUUCGGCUGCUUUGGUAGCGGCUGCACUCGCUGCACUUUUGGCAGUUUUAAAUACAGCUACUUCACCAAGAUCGAAAAUUCUAUCCAUUCCUGGCGUAUACUUCAUAAAUAUGUUAACGCUAUUAAUGUGCUUAGUUAGCACUUGCACUUGGUUAGCGCAGUAUUAUACAAGACUGUAUGUCAAUGUGCUUCCAAAGGAAGACACUGACUUUAAAUGGACGAGCGAGGGAUCUGCUGAGCUUGGCUAUUCUUUUUGGCUCGUUGUUAGCGCUGGUGUUGUACAUCUUAUUAGCAUAGCAUUAAUCGGCUGGGGAUCCGGCCGAGAAAAGGAUGAUCGUCUGGAACCGAUACCCGCGCUUGAAGAGAAAACAGCCGCAGCGAUAAUGUUAUACUAAACGUUGUUAUAAAUGUUUUAUAAAAUACAAGACUAAUUCAAAUAAGGUAAAUAGAAAUGAAUUAAAAAAAUUUUUUUAAAAUUGGUAGUACCUAUAUCGACAUUGAAAUGAAAAUUAAUUAAUAAUUCCGAAUCAGUGAAUUUUAUGACAAACGUCCGUAGUGAUUGAUUAUAAUCCUAGUAAUUGCUCGUUUUAUAUGGUACAAAAACAUAUGAAACUUUGAGCAUGGAAAAAAACGCUUUAUUUAACUUAAUCUAUACAUUACUUUUUAUCGAUAAGGCCGCAAUCUAGACAAUUAUCAUUUCAGACUUUCGCGCGUUA